UUGUUUGCUAGCUAGCCUGCUUAGUAAGGUUGGCUUCAUAGCAAUCACAGAAAAAUAAAGUGGUGACAGCUGCAUAGAAGUACGGUAUUUGACAAGAGUUAAAGGGUAUAUUGGGAGGUGGUGUCCCGUCCCCCAGGCCGUUUGCAUGGUGUACUGUACUACCCGAUAGGAUCAUGUAGUGGAAUGGUAACGUUAGUGGGUUUUUAAUGAGUGUAGGUGACAGCUGCAGAGAAAUACCUUGGUGUACGAGAGGAGAGGGGGGUGAUUUUAAUGAAAUAGGUGUAGGGUUAGUUGGUGGAUUUAUUUAUUUUAGGAACAGGAAUAAUGAGAAUUUAAUGUAGGUAGGAAAUGACUGGCCUCACUUUAGUACAGCAGCGGUGUAUGCACAUUUAAAUUGUAUGCGAUAGGCCAAUCCCGAAGAAGGAGAAUCAAAUCAAAUGUAUUUAUAAAGCCCUUCUUACAUCAGCUGAUAUCUCAAAGUGCUGUAUAGAAACCCAGCCUAAAACCCCAAACAGCAAUGCAGGUGUAGAAGCAAUGCAGAGAAGAGGCUAGCUGGCUUGUGCUUGUAGUCAAAUCAUUUAAAAAAAGAUGUUCAACGAAAUCGUUUUUCGUGCGCGUGUAGUGUCCGUUAUGGAAACUUUAACAGCAGCAGCCGUGCGAGCAGUGUAUCAAAUAAUGGAAGAAAGCUACGCUGCCCUUCGUGUGGAAAUGGAGUGUAGCCAUGAACCGAACAAGAAGCCCCUGACGAUGGAGAAGGAGACUGUGCAAGCAUUUAACCCUUGCCGUUCUCCUGAUCGUAUACAAAUGGAAGGUUUGAGAAAGACCCCUGUUGAUGAACAGCAGGAUGAAGACGAGGCCAGCGGUGCUGAUAUGGAAGAUGAUCCCAUGGACCACGAUGAUCUCACAGGUCAUGAUGAUUACACUCCACUGUUACCGAUGUCAUCGCAAGGACCAUCACAGCCUGUUAAACCAAAGACCACAUCCUCUCUGGUUAAGCUUACAGAAGAUGAGGUGCACCAUUCGAUUGUUCCUGUCAAUGCUCUACUAUCACUCACAAGAUGCACAACCUGCUGCAAAUUGUUCCACUGUCCACUUUGUCUCAGCUUUAAACCAACCAAACGCUCAGGAUUACAGCGCCAUGUUGAUGUGCACCUGAAAAAUGCAGUGUCCUUCAAAGGUGUGCGGAUGUUUUAACCAUGUAGUCUGGUAGAUUGUAUUAUCGUUCUUGUCAAGAUGUGCUUUACUCAUUUCCGUCUCAU